AUGACAUCAGCUGAGGUCGACUCAGCAGUUGUGGCGACAACGAAAGAUUCGAUCGAGCCGCAACUGCCCGACUCGGGAAAUGCCUCUGUCAGUGGGUCACCCGAUUGUGUUCACACAAAUGGCGAAAUUCUGGAGUCCGAUGCAGCGGCUGCCAAAGUACCACCACAAGAAACUGUCUUCACUUUGACCAUCCAGCCAACCGUUGGUGAUUCGUUUGAUCUGCAGAUUAACAGCGCAGAAAUGGUGCAAGAACUUCACCAAGUGCUGCUGGAGCGUGAAGCUACGUGCCAUAAAACGUGCUUCAGUCUCCAGCUGAACGGCGUUACUCUGGAUAAUUUCACAGAAAUACGAGCUGUACCCAAUCUUGUUGACGGAAGCGUCCUUCAAGUUGUGGAAGAACCUUACACUAUGAGAGAGGCGCGUAUUCAUAUUCGUCAUGUACGUGACCUAUUACGAUUCAAUGAUCAGGCCGAUGCAGCUUCAGCGGUCGACUUAACGUCGUUGUCCUUCCUUCCUUCAGUUAAUCUUCAGGAAAGGGGAGAUAAAGAGAAGCCUUUUGACGGUCUUCCACCCGACUACGUUCUUCCUGGAACAAAGGAGCGCUCUCUCGCUCCAAUGUUGACACAUGUGCCAAAGGGAAAGCCGGCGGUGCGAAACCUUGGUAUCUCUCCUUUCAAUCCACCACCAGGAAGCAGAAAAGUGAAAGGAGAUGUCCUCUAUUUGUUUGUGGAUACAGUUGAGAAACGUCGUCUCCAUAUUACAUGUUGCACGAAGGGAUUUUUUGUCAACUCCUCAAAUGAUGACCAGUUUAAUCCAGCUCCCAGUAAUCAGAACAAGUCAAUCUGCCAUAGCUUGGUAGACCUUCUGAAUGUUGUUAGUCCAGGAUUUAAGAAGGCAUACCCUACAAUUAUAAAGAAACGCAAUGAACGUCUCAUGCUCGACAGACUUCCAACACCGUACCCAGUAUAUUCGUGGUUGUCUCCUGCACAAGAGGUCAUAGAAGAUUCAAUCCGUGCUGAUGAUGCAUCUCAACCUCACCGCGUCGGAUUUGAAGAUCACUUGCCGGGCCAGAUUCGCGACUGGAACGAAGAGUUGCAAACUACACAUGAAAUGCCUCGCUCAUCGCUUCCUGAGCGAUUAACCAGGGACAGAAGCGUUUUCAAAAUCCACGGAGACUUUAUUGGUGCUGCUAUCAAGGGUGCAAUGGCUGUUGUUGACGGAAAUGUUAUGGCAAUUAAUCCAGCCGAUGAACCGAGAACGCACAUGUUCAUUUGGAAUAACAUAUUCUUCAGUCUCGGAUUUGAUGUGAAGGAUCACUAUAAAGAACUUGGUGGUGACGCUGCUGCUUUUGCGGCCACAUCUGCCGACUUGCAAGGAGUGAAAGCAUACGCAGCACUUGACAACUGUAAAUUAUGUACGCUAGGAAUGGCAAUAAUUGACUACCGAGGGUAUCGAGUGACAGCCCAGAGUAUCAUUCCCGGCAUUUUGGAUAAGGAACAGGAGCAAUCAGUAGUAUAUGGGUCUGUGGAUUUUGGCAAAACUGUGGUUUCGUCAGAGAAAUACCACGAACUACUAGAAUGCUCAGCAAAAGAACUGAAGUUGUUGCCACAUGAAGUUGUUAUCGACGAAAAAGGAAACACCGCUAAGCUGUUUACCAGCUACGAGACGAAGGGUAUUAUUGGGAAUGAUGGUCGACAUUACGUACUUGAUCUCCUGCGAACGAUGCCUCCUGAUGUUCAUUACCUACAGGAUGCAGAAGUUUCUGAGAAAGCUAAGGAACUCGGAUUUCCACGUCCAUUCCCUCACAAACUUGCCACCCUGCGUCAGGAGCUGAUUGAUAUAUUCCAUGAAGGCCGUUGCAUGCAGUUCAUCAAAAUAGCAGCUGGUAAUGUUCGACAACAACUGAACAACAGCAAAGAAGGCCAAGAUUCUUUAGAUAUCGAGAAUGAAAUCACACGAGCUCUAGUUGAAGUUAGCGAAGGUCGUGAUCCACUUACUAAUUGUGACAUUACUAAGGAAGCGUUGUCUAAGGCUGCUGAAGCUGUGCAUUCCUUGCGUCCAGACACUUUCGAUAUUCGUUUCAAUCCAGAUUGUUUCUCUACUACUGUGAAACAUGCACCUGGCGAAGAUCUCGAGAAACAAAAGAGACUUGUUAUUGAGGCAGCAGAGUUCUUAGUGAUUUCUCAAUUGCCUGAGUUCAUCUCCAAUUGUGUGGACGCAUCGGUCACACCUAUUGAUGGCGAGAGCCUCUGCGAUUUGAUGCAUGCGCGCGGCAUCAACGUCCGCUAUCUCGGUGAUAUUGUGCGAUCGGUUUUGGAAACUGGUCCAUCAUCUUAUAUGGUAUCAUUGACUGUCACCGAACUUAUUGCACGUUGCGCUAAGCACGUUCUCAGACAGUACAUGAAUACUUUACCACAGGAACAACUUGGUUGUGCUAUCUCUCAUCUUCUUAAUGCAGUUUUCGGGAACUUAGCUUUUGAUCAUUCAUCAGGAUCGAAUGACGAUAGAAACACGAAACGAAGCAGCAGGAAAUCAAAGAAGGCAUCUGCGAGCGGUGAAUGGGUAUCCGUCAACACAAAAGAGUUCUGGAUUGCGCUUUGUCAGGAGUCCAAAAACUAUUACGCUUUUGAUCUCAAGGCUGACUGUAUUGACUCCGUUGUGGAGCAGUAUGGUGUGCAGAAAGUUUCUCUUCUACGUCGUCUGUGUAACACGCUUGGAAUUCAACUGCUUAGUAGGGAUUACCAGUUGGACACAAAUUCAACUAGAAUGCGGCAACCAUUUACGGAAGAGGAUAUCCAGAACUUGAUACCAGUGACAAAACAUAGACAGCCUUGUGCUAAUGAUGCAAAGAAGUUGUUUGCUCGUGGUCAACAGGCUAUGCAGGUCGGUCAUCUACGUGAAGCUUACGAAUGCAUCGCCGAAUCGGUGAAUCUGAUGACUUCUGUCUACGGAGCUAUGCAUAGUGAGCUCGCUCAAGCUCUUCGGCUUCUCUCUCGCCUUUCAUAUAUACUGGGAGAUCCAGCUGAAGCUGUUGCUCAACAGCACCGCGCCGCAUUGAUGAGCGAACGAUGCAACGGUAUUGACCACGCGUAUACCAUCAUUGAAUAUAUUAACCUCGCCCACUUUGCAUUCUCAAACCUCUAUAUUCCCGCUGCGCUAAGACUUCUGUAUCGUGCUCGGUACUUGUUACUUAUUGCACAUGGAGAAAACCAUCCAUUGAUGGCUCAAAUUGAUGGGAAUAUCGGUGUUAUUCUAUUUGCCGUGCACGAAUUUGAUGCAGCUCUUCGCUUCUUGCAGUCAGCUGAGGCGGCCAUGUCGGCUCAUGGUGAGCCUAAGCGUCUCAAGUCUGCAUUGGUGCAACACAUUGCUGCUCGUGCUCAUGCUUCACGCGGAGAUUUCCGAGCAGCAUUAGCUGCUGAAAAAGAGACAUACUCGAUCUACAACGGUCUUUUCGGACCAGAACAUGACAAAACAAAAGAAUCAAGCGAAUAUCUAAGCCAGUUAACUAUGCAAGCGGUUGCAUUCCAAAGAAAGGUUAUGGAUGCUACAAAGGGCAACAACGUUGGUCCAUUACUACCAACACAGCUGCCACAACCGUCACUUUCGUCAAUUCUUGAUGUGCUGAACAUUCUCAACGGAAUAAUCAUCAUCUCAGUUGCUAACGUGCCAUCGCCUAUCGAAACAUCGGAGAAAACAUCGGAGAUUAAGCAAACUACCGAGUCUUUAGGGAUGACCGAUGAAGCCCUAGACUAA